ACUAGUGGAAAUCUGUUUCAUUGUUGCUCGGGGAUUUCGUAACGCAGACAUACAGGAGAGAGAACGGGAGAGUGGAGAAGCCCACAGAUGAGAUGCUGGCGCUCUUCCUAUAUCUCCGCACUGAGAGACACUCGACGCUCGCUAUCCACACAGAAAGAGCAUUUCUGCUGUGAAAAUAUAAGAUUAAAUGCUAUGAAACUGCCGUCCUGACACUAUUUAACAUCACUUUGUGCCUCGGUGCCAAAAUGCAGCGGAGGAUGGAGAGGCAUUCCGCGGGUGCGCUGCUGACGCUUUGCGUGAUUUUAGAGUGCAUAGAAGCAAAGAAGUAUUGCUGGUAUUUCGAAGGAGGAUAUCCAAUCUAUUUCAUAUGUCGCUCGUAUGAGGACUGCUGUGGGACACGCUGCUGUGUUCGAGCACUUUCCAUCCAGAGGCUCUGGUAUUUCUGGUUGUUACUGAUGAUGGGCGUGCUCUUCUGCUGCGGUGCGGGGUUUUUCAUUCGUAGACGAAUGUAUCCAUCUCCGAUCAGUGAGGACCCCACAUUUAACGUGUCUUUCACCCGACAUCCUGUAAGCACGCCAGUCUCCCAGCAACCAGGUAUGCAAGGCUACAUUGACCCCUGCGGUGCCAUGACAACAGCCUUCGGCCCUGCCCAUCCAGGUCAGCCCACCCCAGCCCACCUGAUGAGCUCCUACCCGCCUCCCCCCUCCUACUGCAGUCACCCGCCUCCCUCUUAUGAACAGGUCCUCAGGUCUGCAGAGAAGAAGAACCCCCAUGAAUCAUCGCAAACCAUAUGUGACGUGAACUAGAAAGCGCCACAUGGAAAUAAAUGGCUCGGAAAGACUCCAGUACCUUUAAAUGGGUCCCCAAAAAAUUAUUUUCCUUUAAAAUUGCUUUUUCAUGACGAAUCGUUGUUUUGCUCGCUUUACGUUUGUUGGAGGGCCUACAAAGUCCUGGCUGGAUGAAAUGCGUAGAAGAAAUGGACUUCUGCCUGACAGAGGUCGAAACAACCUGUCAGGAGUGGAGAAGUUCGGCCGCAGCCUUAGACUUUUUUUCUUUGAAACUGUGUGUAUUCUCAUCCCCAGCGUGUGUGAAGAUGUCGUUUGGCUUAAAGCGGACCUCGGUAGGAAGUCACAAUGUUUCACACGCUGAGAGACCAGAUGUAAGCAAUCCGUUGUCCUUCGGGAGAACAGGUGUUUCUGAAAAGGACAUGAGGUGCCAUGGAAAAUAAGCAGCGGAUUAAUUCAACAACAGUUAAGGGGCCCUGCAAUGUCAUGAACUUUUAAAACAGGGACUUGCAUACGGAGUUUGUCUUGCAUUUUAUCCCAUCGUCACCAUCACAUGGUCAUCACCAGUAGCCUAUAUUUAUUUUACCAAAUCUCUGGAAAGAAAAGUGGCUAUUGCUUUAUAAAAAUCAACAGUAAAUGGUUUAAUUGUGGAAGACCAUGUGGGGAAAAUUGUAAAGGACUAAUUUAUUUCUUAUGAGAUCCCAGAGAAACUCGAAAUAGAUGAUGAGCUCAUAAAGAGGGAGUCUGUUGAAGCUUGUAUUAACAGUGCACGAUAGGAGACAAAUUACUUCACAUCUUUGCUGUUCAUUUCAUCUAUAAUGCCUCUGUUUCACAGACAGGCAGCCAAACCGUAGAGAAUGAUUUUGGGUUAAACGUUUCGUUUCGUCAAGCACACGCUCUCUGUGAGUUUCUUGUGAAUUGCUUGAAUACGUUUGUACAAAUAUUGGAAUACAAUUUCCUUAGAAUAAUGUGCAGUUGAACAAUAAGGAUUCACCCCGAUGAGGAAUAUAUUCGUUAUUUGGAGGGAGUGAUGCAUUUAGUUCAAUAACUGUUUAAAACGGCUCCGGGCAGAUUCAUCCUAAUGAGAUCUAGCCAUCUUUCAGUAUCGCUUAAGGGACUACAUGUGCAUGCAAAUAGUUGCAUUUCGGCAUCGCUGGGUUGUUGAGUUAGAAGAAAUGCACAUACUUAAAUUGUUUAAAAUUACAAUAAAAUUGUAAAGCAGUCACACAGAUUUGCAAAGCAUUCCUUGUGCAAGAACGUGAGGUCUCGUAUGUGGUUUUUGGAACAUUUUGUGUGAAUCUCUUGUAAAGUUAUGCAUUUGUGGACGCAUGUGAAAAACGUGACUUUAAAGGAACAGUUCACCCAAAAAUGAACAUUCUGUCAUGAAUUACUCGCUCUCUAAUGGUUUAAAACAACUAUACAUUUCUUUGUUCGGUUGAACACAGAGAUAUUUGGAAUAAUGUUAGCAACUGACAUUUCUGGGGCUCCAUCGACUACCAUAGGAAAAAAUUAAAUGGUGCCCGGGAACCGUUUGCUUUCCUAAAUUCCUUAAAAUACCUGUCGUCUUUAUUUAAAUCUGUUUCAGAUGAAUUCAACAUAACACUGACUGCUGUAUUCUGUAUUCGUAAAGCUGAUUAAAGUGAUUCAUUUUCCUCCUACAAUGUAAAGAAACGGUAAUUUUACUGUUUUAUUUUACAUUAUAACAUUUUAAAUCACAGAAGUAGACGUGAGAAAUAAUAGCAAACAUUAGAAAUAAUAGCUAAUUUAAAUAUUCGGUAUGAAUUAACAUCUAAACAUGUACAUUUUAUUUUACAUAAAUGUUAUUUUAUGGCUAUUCUGUUACCCGAGCUGCUGGGAUAUUAACAUAUUUUUACAGCGUACACAUAAGAUGGCACACAAAAGGAUGAACUGUUCACAAAUUUAAUCAAGAAUCCUUUUUAAAGACCUACUAAACAUUAGGCGACCCUUAUCUGCAAGUCCUGCUAUAUUAUUUUGGAGAAAAACGGUGAAAGAGUUCUGAAGGUGUUGCUUUUUGUACUGUAGUUGUGGUUACCUUGUUAAUGGUUAAAACUGUAUCAUCUGCUUGAAGUUUAACUAUGCAAAGUACAGAGACGGUGUCCAUUUGCAACCGUAUAUGUUAGAAACUGUUAAAAUAGAUCAGUACUUUGUUUUAAUAUCAUGUAAUAAUUUUGAUCUGGCAUGGGUGGAGAGAUGGUUGAAAUAACAGUGUAGGUUUUAACACAAGACGCGGUGAAGGACAGCUGUGACAUUUCCGGCUGCUGUUGGAGUGACAAAUUGAUAAAUAUGCUGCACUAGAAAAAUCUGUGAGCUGCUACGGUGACAGAAAUGUAGGUAGAUAUGAGAGUAUUUUAAUGCACUGUUACCUACGCUGUCAUCGACACAUCAGCAGCCAUGCCAUAGUGAAACCUUUUAAUGUCAGAGGUUAAUGAAUUGUUCAUGAACUAUAAUAAUAAAG